AAGACGUCAGCUGCGAUUCAAAUUUUACCGCUCGUAGGCUGCAGAGCUGGACGACCGGUAUUUAUUGUCAUACGUCAUUUAUUUAUUGUCAUUUAGUUUAUCGACAGAGUUGUGCAUUAGUACGGUACAACGAUGACUUGUCGCAGAAGUGAAGCUCUGGCAUUCUCUCUGGUAACUGAGAUCAAUCAUGCCAUGGCCAAGCUUGUGGACAUAUGGGACAGUAUCGGCAUCAUGGAGGACCAGAGGGUAGAACGAAUGCAAACUGUGAAAAAACAUAUAGAUGGGCUUUUGCAUUCAAUGAUCAAGGAGGAAGAGGCCUUAAGACAUUGCAUCAAAACCAAUAUCAUUACCUCCCAGAAACAAUUGGAUACACUGUGCUUGGAACUGGGACUGGAACCAUACAAAUUGGAGGAAGACCUUACAGUUCUCCAGAUGGAGAAGAACCUGCAGUGCCGUGUUGAAUCUCUUCUAAAGGAGAAGAAUGAACGCUUAAGAGAGCUGAGUGAUUUGAAGAAGCAGGAUGAGGAGUUGUGCGUGACUUUGUGUGCUACGCCAUAUUACAUUCCAUCGGGAAGUGUGCCUUCUCGAACCCAGCUGCAGGAACUCCAGGAGCAUGUUAAGAAACUCGGCAAUGAAAAAGAGAGCAGGGUGAAGGUGUUCUCUGGGCUCAGGCAGGACAUCAGGAGCCUGAUGGAUGAGAUGGGACAUGAACCAGAGAGCAGCCUAGAACGAGAGUCUAUCUGCCCUGACAGUGAUAUUUUUCUGCUCACGCAUGAUAAUAUCAAAGCCUUGAAACUGCUGCUCAAUCACUACACCGAGGAGCUGCUGUCCCUCCAUGACAACGAGCUGCUAAGAAUGAAGGCUUUCUAUGAGGCAGCACAGCCCAUACUGGAGGACUUGGAGAAAUGGAAGAGGAACUGGGCUCUCUUUCAAGAGUUUGAGAGAAAGGCUGUGGAUCCAAAUCGCUUCAGUAACAGAGGAGGGUCUCUGCUCAAAGAGAGUAAGGACAGGGCCAAAGUGCAGAAACUGCUCCCAAAGCUGGAAGAGGAGUUAAGAAGCCGUGUGGAAGUUUGGGAAAAGAAUCAGGGGACUUUUCUUGUGCAAGGUCAGAGGAUCAUGAAUUACAUUUACAGCCAGUGGGAAGAGCAUCGCUUGCAGAAAGACAAGGAGAAGAAUGAACGGAUGACAAAGAUAACCGAAACCUCUCAGUUUAAAACUCCAACAAAGAGAGCCCUCGGAUCGACAUAUACCACCCCCACCCCUAACAAAAUUAAAAAGAUGCCCAAUAUGCUGGCACCUCGCACUGCCACCGUGAGCAGCACCAGUAGCGCCAGCAGCAGCAGCGGCUCAUCCACCACAUUUGUGUGUGUGCCAGGAAGACCUCAACUCUCUGCCAAGGUUAAAACCAUCUGCCUGGGGCAUUCCAAACUCAAUUCAACUCUGUGAUCAAAGCUUUUGGCU